AUGAAACACAAUUAUGGCCGCAGUCAAUUCGCCGACUUUAACCUCAAAGGAAGAGCUUUCAUCGUUACCGGAGGAGCUCAAGGCCUGGGCUUGAGCCUGGCAGAAGCGCUUUGUGAAGCAGGAGGCAGAGACCGGCAAGAAAAACCUCAUGAAGAUUACGCGGAGGCGUUGGCUCGUGUGGUCCCAGAAUGGGGAGGUUCCCUUCAGUACAGACAGGCAGACGUGGUUGACACGAAGGCACUAGACGACAUCAUCUCUGGAGUAGCAGACGAAAACCAGGGGCUUCAUGGGCUCGUCGCUGCAGCUGGCAUCCAGCAGAUAACACCGUCCACAGAGUACACCGCAGAAGAUGUUGAGAAGAUGCUCGCAGUAAAUUACACCGGCGUAUUCAUGAGCGCGACCUCAGUGGCACGACAAAUGAUCAAGUACAAGUCUCGCGGCAGUAUUUGCAUGAUUGCCAGCAUGUCCGGGCUCAUUGCAAAUCACGGCCUACUUUCACCUGUCUACAACUCCUCCAAGGCUGCCUUGAUUCAACUAGCGCGCAACCUGGCCAUGGAAUGGAGUCCCAUCACAAAGGAAGGGAUUGGCGGCAUUCGCGUCAACUGCAUCAGCCCAGGACACAUCAUGACACCAAUGGUACGGAAGAAUUUCGAAGAAGGUCCAGGUCUGAAGGAGGAAUGGGAAAGCUUGAACAUGUUUGGUCGCCUCGCAGAUACAACGGAGUUCAAGGGCGCAGCACUCUUUCUUAUGAGUAACGCCAGCUCGUUCAUGACGGGUAGCAAUAUGAUUAUUGAUGGUGGGCACACUGCAUGGUAG